AUGGAUCCGCGCGUGGCCUGGAUUCAGCCCGAGCAGAAAGGCCCCGCCAAUGCCCUGUGGAUGCAGAUCUGGGAGACGUCGCAGGGCCCGGGCCGCUCCCCCCCGCCCCUGGAGCCCCACCGCGGGGCCCAGCGCCUGCACAAGUCGCCCUCCCUGUCGUCGUCCUCCUGCUCCUCCAACAACGAGUCGGGCACCGAGAGCCCUUCCUCCUCCUCCUCCUCCUCCUCCUCGUCGUGGCCCGGAGGCCUCUUUCACUUCCCCGACAGCCCCGCCCCGCCGCCCCCGCAGCAGCAGCAGCAGCACCGCUACCACCCGGGCCGCAGGAAAAGGGAGAAUAAAGCCAGCACCUACGGCGUCAACUACUUGCAACAGCAGCAGUUGCAGCAGCAGCUGCAGCAGCAGCUGCAGCCGACGCCGCUGCAGCAGCAGCAGCAGCAGCAGCAGAGGCCCGGCACCCCCUGGAAAACCAGGACCUACAGCCCGGGCAUCCAGGGACUUCAUGAGGAAAUAAUUGACUUUUAUAACUUCAUGUCCCCUUGCCCUGAAGAAGGUAUUAUGAGACGAGAAGUAGUCAAACGGAUAGAAACUGUCAUAAAAGAUCUUUGGCCUACUGCUGAUGUACAGAUAUUUGGCAGUUUUAGUACAGGACUUUACCUUCCAACUAGUGAUAUAGACUUGGUAGUUUUUGGGAAAUGGGAGCGCCCGCCUCUGCAACUGCUAGAACAAGCACUACGGAAACACAGUGUGGCUGAGCCAAAGACCAUUAAAGUACUUGACAAAGCUACAGUACCAAUAAUAAAACUCACUGACCAGGAGACAGAUGUGAAAGUAGACAUCAGUUUUAAUAUGGAAACUGGUGUAAAGGCAGCACGGUUUAUCAAGGAUUAUAUGAAGAAAUAUUCAUUGCUGCCUUACUUGAUUUUAGUAUUGAAACAGUUCCUUCUGCAAAGGGACCUCAAUGAAGUUUUUACAGGUGGAAUUAGCUCUUACAGCCUAAUUUUAAUGGCCAUUAGUUUUCUACAGUUGCAUCCAAGAAUUGAUGCCAGAAGAGCUGAUGAAAACCUUGGAAUGCUCCUAGUAGAAUUUUUUGAACUGUAUGGAAGAAAUUUUAAUUACUUGAAAACUGGUAUUAGAAUAAAAAAUGGAGGUGCCUACAUCGCCAAAGAAGAAAUCAUGAAAGCCAUGACCAAUGGGUAUAGACCAUCCAUGUUGUGCAUUGAAGAUCCUCUUCUGCCAGGAAAUGAUGUGGGCAGAAGUUCCUAUGGUGCCAUACAAGUGAAGCAAGUCUUUGAUUAUGCCUACAUUGUUCUCAGUCAUGCGGUGUCUCCACUUGCGAGAUCGUUCCCAAACAGGGAUUCUGAGAGUACACUAGGUAGAAUUAUCAAAGUGACCCAAGAAGUGAUUGAUUACAGAGAAUGGAUCAAAGAGAAAUGGGGAAGCAAAAUUAAUUUGUCACCCGAUCUUGAUAAUCGAAUUAAAAUGAAAGAGCAAAUCACUUCUUGUAAUGGGGAACAGCAACAAAACAGAGACACUGAAUCACCCUAUAGCCAGCGUUUGACUUUAUCUUUGACCAGCAGCAUCCAACCUCUUUCCUCUGGUUCAUCUGCUUCUUCUGUGUCUUCACUGUCUGGAAGUGAUAUUGAUUCUGAUACGCCUCCUUGCACAACUCCUAAUGUUUACCAAUUUACUCUGCAACCACCAACUCAGCUUAUGGCCAGUUUACCUCCAGCAUUGCAAAUGCCUAAUGGUAAACCUCAGUCAGCACCUGCUAGGACUUUGAUAAUGACAACCAAUAAUCAGACGCGGUUUACUAUUCCUCCACCUACCAUCGGCGUCCCGCCGCUCCCCUGCAGACAAGUUGGUAUCGAAGGAACGCCGUCUCUGAAAGCCGUUCACCACCUGUCCUCUCCUGCUGUUCCCUCUGCAUCUCCUAACCCACUGUCAAGCCCCCACUUGUAUCACAAGCAGCACAAUGGAAUGAAGUUUUCCAUGAAAGGAACACACAAUCAUAACCCAGGAAAUGGUUACAGUCCCGUCGGCAGCGGAAGCAUGAGGCAGCCCGUGGGGAACAGAGGGCAUCACCAGUACAACCGGACAGGCUGGAGAAGAAAAAAACAUAUGAGAGACAGUUUGCCAAUCAGUCUCAGCAGAUAAUGGCUCGCGGCACGGUCAUCUACCCCCAUUUUACAGACUGAAGCUGAGUGACGUUGCACACCAGACUGGGGAACUGAGACCAGCAUUCAGCACAUCAGCUUAUGGGUAUUAUGAAAUAUCUGUGGCUGAUAAUUUUGCAUGUUUCUUUGUGUGGUGGUCAAGUCCAUCUUAAAGAAGAAGUAGUUGUGCUUAUCUGUGAAGCCUUAUUAAACAUGGAAGUGGUUUUCUGCCUUCCCAGGAUUAUUCAUUCAGUGCCGAAGCAGCUCUGGAAAGAGAACUGCAAGAACAUGAAACGCUUUGGCUUUUUAGCUUUGGCUGCGUAUGUUCCUUUGCGGUUUGGGUUACUGAUUUUUAUUUUUGUCAAAAAGGAAACUUCAACCCCUGGCUUUUCUUUUUUUCUUUUUUUUUUUUUUUUUUUGCCACCCCCAUU